UCCCUUGCUCUCAGCUGCUCCUAGUUCGGUUUGUGGUUCUGUGUCUCCUCUUUGUUUCUCUGCCGCUGCCCACUUAACCUGGGUACCUUGUCUCGUACCUCUACUCUCCCUUGCUCCUCCGACAUCCACAUUAUCUCUCCGUCUUCGACGUCAUCCUCGACUUGCUCCCCCCCCCCCCCUCUCUCUCUCUCUCUCUCUCUCUCUCUUUCUUUUCCUCCCUGCCUUGUACAGUACCUCAUCUUUCGAACACUCACGCACCCAUUCACUCACUCCACCUGCCUUCUCUUUUCUUCCUUUCUAUCAUUCUCUUGCAUUGACUCUGAUACUUCCUCUCCGUGCUGCCAAUCCAACUCCUGCACCUAAAUGUUCUUCUGUAUUUUGUUCUACUCGCUGCGUAACGCAUAUAUUCCGACGUCGCUCUAUUCAUGAUUGGACCCCUGCCUCUGUUCACUCUAGCCCUCGCCCCCAAUCCUGCCUUUAAAUCUUUGCCUUUUGGUGUGAAGGGAAGUGCAGGAAAAGGAGGGAGAGAAGGAUAGUCUGCCAUUAUCUGAACAGGCCUGCGGAUCCGUUAUUACUUGAAGGGCAUUUUCGUCUGUGAGUUGUGAUUUUACAACUAUUUUCUGAUGUUUUAGGGUAGGAUUAUCAACGGUAUCAUUCGGACUUCUUUCAAUCCUUCCCUGAAUAAACAGGAUUUCCAGUGCAUUACGUGUUUAGGAAAGUUCGUAGAGAACUGCUAGGUCGCUGGGGCUUACGUAGCUGUGUGAAAUUGAGGAAAUGGGUGAGAUGAUGGCAAAAAUAAAUGAUUUGGAGGAGGGGGCGUACGCAUCGGAGCUGCAUUUUGCGGUGAAAGAGAACGAUGUGAAGAGGAUUCGAAUUUUGCUGCAAGAGGGGGUUGUAAAAGUGACCAGCCGUGAUGUCAUUGGUCGCACUCCCCUGCAUUGGGCCUUAGUGAUUGGAAGCGAUGAAGCCGCAAAGGUUCUAAUAGUUAAUACGCCACGAAAAGCUCUUGAUACAAGAGACCAGCAGGGUUGCACACCUCUUCACUAUGCUACGGCCCGUGCUCACGCUACCAUGGCCAGGGUUCUCAUUGAGAGAGGAGCCUCCAUCAAUGCCGUGGACUCUAAUGAGAGGACUCCAUUGCAUUACGCGGCUCUGCAGAUGAGCCCUGAGUUGGUCGAGCUACUCAUCAGCCGCGGCGCGAGCAAGGACCUUCUGAAUGUUUAUGGCGAAUCUCCUCUUGAUGUUGCACAGAAGUGGGGUUGCUUGUCAUCAAUUCCAUGCUUAACACCUGAUCCUGUGAACGUGAAGACGACGCCGAUUGUCAGUGACAAGCAGCUUAUGGAGAAAGUUCGUGCUGGAGGCGACAAAAGUACUGUGAGCCCUGUUUCCGCGGAGAAACCAACUACCAAGACUGGUCCGUCGCUUGAAAAAUUGUUGGGUGUGUGGAAGGCCUCAGAGACUGAGGCUCGCAGGAAAAAGGAGGCUGAAUUAGAGGCCGCUCACAAGGCCAAUGCGGCCUUACAAGAAGCACUGAGAGCAUGGAGGCAAAUGGAGCAAGAGAGCAGAUCCCAGAAACUUGUGGGACAGGAAAGCCCAGGCUCAUCGGAUGCGUGUUAUGCCAAAACAUCCGGUGGAGGUGACGCAAAGUUUCUAGCAGGAGGGUAUACGGACCAGGCUUCAACGUCCAUUUCAGACUUCAAACUUGUUGAUUUCAAGGGAUUAGCAGUUGAAACUGGCGCUUCCUGCGACGAGGAUGACUCUUUGACAUCUUGCACCGUAAAAACUAGGAGAGAUUUGUCAUGGUGCACAGAAUGGGAGACUCAAGAAAGUGUGCCGGAGGUUGCGCAAUCUAUUUCGCCGAGGGAAAGGAAGCCAAUACCUAGUGAACCUAAAGAGGAAAACCUUGCGUGGUUACAGGUACCAACGUACAUGCAGACGUUGGACCUCAAUUUUGAUAACCCUAGACCACUUAAAAGAUUCAAUUCUUUCGAUGGUUCUCAUUUCAUCAUACAGGUCGGGGGACUGGCCACUAAGUUACCCUUCAUGUCUAGCUUGGAGGUUUAUUGAGCCUACACCAUUUUACUGUUUUUUUUACCCCGUAGCACUGAAGUGGAUUUUUUUUUUAUAAAUCCAUUUUCCAGCACGUAGCAUGUGCCUUGAUGGUGGUCUUGCACUAAGUACAUUGUGAUCAUCAUUGUACCAAUAUUUAGUGUAGAUAUAAUAUACUAAAGAGAUUGAUUCUACUUGCUUGAACAUAUGCGCUUAUUGAACACUUUUCUAAUAUGUUGAGUUGUUUA